UUCCUCCUGAGUCAGGCAGAGGAGAGGAAGCAGGCAGAGCAGCAGAGAAAGGAUCUCUUUGCGGAAAUGGGCCUGGAUUCCUGUGAGGCAGAAAAGACUCCGUUGGACGCCAGAGGGAGGCCACUGGAUGACCGAAGGAUGCCCCCCAGACCUCCUCAUCCAUCUUUUCAUGAGAACGGAGGAGAAGCAGCAGCUGUGGAAACAGAUCUGGGUCCUCUGUGUUUUAAAGAUGUCGCUGUGUAUUUCACAGAGGAGGAGUGGGCGUUGCUGGAUCCUGACCAGAGAGCUCUGCAUAAGGAAGUCAUGGAGGAGAAUCGUAGGAUUGUGGACUCUCUCAGUGGUGAUGGAUUGGAAGUUAUGAACAAGGGAGACCACGACAAAUUACACACAGUGGGGAAGUUGUAUGAAUAUUUGGAAUUUGGAGAGAGCAUCAAUCGCAGCUCCGAUUCCACUUCCUAUGAAAUAAAUCCCAUUGGAAAGAAUCACUAUCAGUGCUUGGAAUGUCAAAAGACUUUUAGUCGGAAGGAUAGACUCACUUCCCAUCAAAGAAUUCAUAAAGGAGAGAAACCAUAUCAGUGCUUGCAAUGUGGAAAGAGCUUCAGAAAAAGGACCCAUCUCACUCGCCAUCAAAUAAUUCAUACAGGGGAGAAACCAUAUCAGUGCCUCGAAUGUGGAAAGAGCUUCAGUGUGAGGGCUCACCUCUUGGCCCAUCAAGUAAUUCAUACAGGAGAGAAACCCUAUAAGUGCUUGGAAUGCGGAAAGAGCUUCUCUCAGAGAGCUAAGCUCACUUACCAUCACAGAAUUCAUACAGGGGAGAAACCGUAUCAGUGCUUGGAAUGCGGAAAGAGCUACAAUCACAUCUCCAAACUUACUUGCCAUCAAAGAACUCACAGCGGGGAGAAACCGUAUCAGUGUUUGGAAUGUGGAAAGAGUUUUACCCAUAAGGAAAGUCUCACUUCCCAUCAAAGAAUUCAUACAGGGGAGAAACCCUAUCAGUGCUUGGAAUGCGGAAAGAGCUUCCAUAGGAGCUUCAUUCUCACUUCCCAUCGAAGAACACAUAGCGGGGAGAAACCCCAUCAGUGCUUGGAAUGUGGGAAAAGCUUCAGUGAGAGGGCUAAGCUGGUAGCCCAUCAAAGUAUUCAUACAGGAGAGAAACCAUAUCAGUGCUUGGAAUGUGGGAAAAGCUUCAGUAGGAGAUCUAAUCUCACUUCCCAUCAAAGAAUUCAUACAGGGGAGAAACCCUAUAAGUGCUUGGAAUGUGGAAAGAGCUUCCGGCAGAAAGCUCAGCUCAUACCCCAUCAAAGAAUUCAUACAGGGGAGAAACCAUAUCAGUGCAUGGAAUGUGGAAAGAACUUCAGACAGAGGGCCCAACUCACUUCCCAUCUAAGUAUUCAUGAGGGGAAGAAUCCACAUCAAUGCUUGGAAUGUGGAAAGAGCUUCAAUAGGAGGUCUCAUCUCACCUGCCAUCAAAGAACUCACUGCGGGGAGAAACCAUAUCAAUGCUUGGAAUGUGGAAAGAGAUUCAGUAGGAAAGGAAGUCUCCCUUCCCAUCAAAGAAUUCAUACAGGGGAGAAACCAUAUCAGUGCUUGGAAUGUGGAAAGAGCUUCUUUCAGAGGUCAAACCUCAAGGCCCAUCAGAGAAUUCAUGCAGGGGAGAACCCAUACAAAUGCGUGGAAUGUGGGAAUUGCUUUAGUAGGAAGGAACAUCUCACUUCCCAUCAAACAAUUCACCGUGAGGAGAGACCAUAUCAGUGCUUAGAAUGUGGAAAGAGCUUCAAAUGGAAGAAACUUCUCACUUUCCAUCAAAGAACUCACAUCUCUUAAUCUCCUCUUUUCUAGGCUAAACAUGCCCAACUCCCUCAAACUGUUUUGUGUCCAGUAUUUUCCUUUCUCUUCCCCGGCUCCGACCUUCAACAGGAAGGACUGGUGGUGAAGAGAGCACCUGUGGCCCACAUCUCUUCAGCUUCCUCCCAGAGUCUCGCAGUCCCAUGAUAUACAUUGUCCGUGUUAGUAUUAUUUGUACCCACAUGAAUCAGAAGGAAGGAGUAGGGGUCAGUUGGCUUUAAAUGACAUGGCAACUUCUCUGUCACAUUGUGAAUCUGCAGACCGUCUGGGACAUCCUCUUUUCUCCACACACUACUUCUUCUGCCCCCUCAGUAGGGAGUCACCUAUCACCACCACGUCUCCUCCUCUGGGGAGUGGCAGGAAUUGUUUGCUAUGCUGUACCUUCCAAGACCUCCUUGGAGUAUUCUAUGGUCUACAAGUGCUGUUCUGGAGUUCUUGUCUGUUGGAGUUGCCUAGUUCAUUUCCUUGGAAGAUAGCAAGUGGGUUAUCAGCAUACUCAUCCAUGAUCAGUAGCCGCGGAUCUGAAGGAGUUAGGUCAAGAAUGAAAAAGGACUCCUCUAAUAAUACUAAUACUAAUAUUACAUGACAAUUUAUUAUUUUUACCCUGCCCCAGCCACUCUGAGCAGCUUCCAACAAAAGAGUAAAAAUACAUUAUGACAUCAAUCAUUAAAAACUUCCCUAAACAGGGAAGUCCAUCUCCUCUUGUCUCUUCCACCUCUGGGGGGUGGCCGAAAUCAUUCUGGGCUCUGCACCUUUCACAGCCACCUUGGUGUAUUCUCAGGUCGGCAACUGCUCUCCUAGCUCCUCUGGCCCAGAACUGGUGUCCAAGGUGAGAGCGUGGAAGCCAUUCUCCAGCUCCAGUGACAAAGCGUGGUUCGUGACUGUCCUACCUCUGUGUUUCACAUUCCUCCAGGGGUUGGUCUUUUGCAGUGGGCGAUCUUCCUCCAGCCUGGGGCCACCCCAUCUGUGUUGCUGUUGCAUGACAGUCAACCCAGCUCUAUCCAGAAACUCGGCAUGUUGUCCUGUAGCUCAAAGCAUGGCUAGGAAGGCCUCAAGUUGCUGUAGCUUCUCUUCCAGCAAGACAACCAGUUUGCACUUGCUGCAGGUAUACAACUGUAUGUUCUCCGGCAGAAAGACAAGCAUGGCACAGGGGUUGCAGGUCACUGCAGCCGCUCCCUCGCCCUGCAUGUCUCUUGGUCCUAUGCACGCCAGGGGACAAUACUCUGGGCCUCCCCCUUAAAUGCCCUCGCAAAUGCCUAUGUUUGGGAGGCCUCUUCGUGAGCUCCCAGAAGCUGCAAGGAGCCAAGUUUGACUGCUGCUGGUUGCUAACUCCUUCCUCUGCUCAUUCCUCCCAGGAGCCACACCCUCAGGCCUGCAACCAACCAAGCCUCUAGCACAGUGGUUCCCUAUUAGCUAAUUAGCCCCCAAAAAGCAACAGAUUUUAGAUAUGCUAUAAAAGAAUACCGUAAAAAUUGUGAUAUUGCCACAAAUUGCCUAUCCCCAGACAGUAGGAAAAACCUGUCUCCAUUGCUGCACUACAACUGAAU